GUAAGGUGGCGUCCAAAGGAUAGUGUCUGAAACGUAGUGUCUGAAACGUAAUUAUAUUCUAUAUUGUAGUAUUAUACAUAUUUAUUAAAAAAUAACUACUUUGUGCGCUAUUGAACGUAUAAAAUUUGAGUAACGUAUAUUACUCAGUGUAAAAAGAUGGAUACAUUAAACGGGUCGAGUUUGUAUAGAUUAGAAGGGAGUGACAAAAAUCAAGUAGGAGGUUUGAUUAUUCGGAAGAAACCCUCUGAUCAUACAUUUAAAAAGCCUCAGGUAUCUGUCUUGGGUCUUGACAAACUUGCAAAACGAAAAAGGCAAGAAAAUUCACAGGAAGUUAACUCAUUGAGAUCUGAAUCAAGUUCAUCAAAAUCAGAGAUUAAGGAAAGAAAAUACAGAUCUUAUGCUGAAGAAACUCCAACUCAUACUGGUGGGGUGAAUACUGAGGCACAACAAAGAUUAGAAGCACGAUUAAAGCAUCAAAGAUUGAGUGCACAGGACAAAAAUCGUAGACACAAUUAUAAGGACAAAGAUCGGAAUAGAGAUAGGGAUAGAAAUAGGGAUCGAUACAGAGAUUGGGAUAGGGAAAGGAGUAGAAGCAGAGACAGUGUUAGAGAUAGUAGUAGACAAACACCCUUAAGGUUUAAAGAUGAACCGCAAACUCCAAUAUUUAAAACAAAGGAUUCAACAUCUAAAAGUAAUUGGGAUGAUGACGAAGAUGAAGAACCAAGAAAAUCCAGUUGGGAUCAUCCAACACCCAACCUAUAUAAUAUUAAAGAUGGUAGAGACAGUGUUAGAAGUGAAUUUACGCCUUCGUAUAAAUAUAACCCUUGGAAUAAAGAUCGCAAAGCUAGUGGUGCUACACCUAGCAUAUCUGGGGAGGAAAAGGACCUGUGGGACUUGUGGGAAGAAGAGCAACAAAGACUGGAUAGAGAAUGGUAUGCCUUGGAUGAUGGAGAAAAUCAUGCAUUUGCUGACGUUUCUGAAGAAUAUACCCGUAAAAAGGAAAUGGAAUUGGAAGCAAAAAGACAAAAGCGUCUUUCCGCACAACAGCGACAGAUAAAUAAAGAUAACGAAUUGUGGGAACGUAACAGAAUGUUAACAUCUGGUGUCAUAAGUUCUUUAGAUCAUGAUGAUGAUCCUGAUGAUGAAGGAGAAACCAGAGUACAUCUCCUAGUCCAUAAUGUUGUUCCACCAUUUUUGGAUGGUCGAAUUGUAUUCACUAAACAGCCAGAGCCUGUUGUACCUGUACGUGAUCCUACUUCUGAUAUGGCACUUGUAGCGAGAAAAGGGUCGGCCUUGGUAAGAGCAUAUCGUGAACAAAAAGAACGGAAAAGGGCGCAGAAAAAACAUUGGGAACUAGCUGGAACUCAUAUUGGUAAUAUCAUGGGUGUACGUGAUAGACACAAAGAUGAUAAGGAAGAUCAAGAAACUGACUUCAAAGCUGGUCAAAAAUAUGCGCGUCAUAUACGAGAUGAAGUUACUGGAGAAGCUAAAUACAGGUCCAUUCAACACCAGAGGAGGAGUCUUCCAGUAUUUGCUGUACGACAAGAAUUACUAAAUGUAAUUAGAGAAAACAGCGUAGUAGUUAUUGUUGGAGAAACUGGCAGUGGAAAAACAACACAAUUGACUCAAUAUCUACAUGAAGACGGUUAUAGUCGCUAUGGCAUAAUUGGAUGUACACAACCAAGAAGAGUAGCAGCUAUGUCUGUGGCAAAAAGAGUUUCUGAUGAAAUGGCUACUGCUUUAGGAGACAAAGUUGGUUAUGCUAUUCGUUUUGAGGAUUGCACUUCAAAAGAUACUGUUAUUAAAUAUAUGACUGAUGGUAUCUUAUUAAGAGAAAGCUUAAGGGAAGGAGAUUUGGAUCGAUAUAGUGUAAUUAUCAUGGAUGAAGCUCAUGAAAGAUCUUUAUCUACUGAUGUCUUAUUUGGUUUGUUGAGAGAGGUUGUAGCCAGACGACAUGAUCUGAAAUUGAUCGUAACAUCCGCUACAAUGGACUCUAGCAAAUUUUCAGCAUUUUUUGGAAAUGCUGCAACAUUCCAAAUCCCAGGUCGCACAUUUCCAGUUGAAGUCUUACACGCUAAGAAUCCAGUAGAAGACUAUGUUGACGCUGCGGUGAAACAAGUAUUACAAAUUCAUUUACAACCUCGUUCAGGGGAUGUAUUGGUCUUUAUGCCCGGUCAGGAAGACAUUGAAGUUACUUGCGAGGCUUUGAAAGAACGUUUAGCAGAGAUCGAAUCUGCUCCUCCACUUUCCAUUUUACCUAUUUACUCGCAACUACCCUCGGAUUUACAAGCUAAAAUUUUUCAACGUUCAGAGGGAGGUUUACGAAAAUGCGUUGUAGCAACAAAUAUAGCUGAAACUUCAUUAACUGUCGACGGAAUUGUAUUCGUCGUGGACUCGGGCUAUUGCAAAUUGAAAGUUUAUAACCCACGAAUUGGUAUGGAUGCUUUACAAGUAUAUCCAGUGUCCAGAGCAAAUGCUGAUCAAAGAGCAGGAAGAGCAGGACGUACUGGUCCUGGUACCUGCUACAGGUUAUACACGCGAAGACAAUAUUUAGACGAACUACUAUUAACUGGAGUUCCAGAAAUACAACGAACCAAUCUGGCAAAUACUGUAUUGUUACUGAAGUCUUUAGGUGUUCAAGAUUUAUUAGGUUUUCAUUUUAUGGAUCCUCCACCACAAGAUAACAUAUUAAAUUCUCUGUAUCAGUUGUGGAUUUUAGGUGCAUUAGAUCAUACAGGACGUUUAACGCCUUUGGGACGACAAAUGGCAGAAUUCCCCUUAGACCCGCCACAAUGUCAGAUGCUUAUUGUUGCUUCUCAACUCGGUUGCACUGCAGAUAUACUUAUCAUAGUUUCUAUGCUGUCAGUGCCUUCGAUAUUCUACCGACCCAAAGGUCGCGAAGAAGAUUCCGAUUCAGCUCGAGAGAAGUUUCAAGUACCAGAGUCUGACCACCUAACAUAUCUAAAUGUUUACAAUCAAUGGAAGGCGAAUGGUUAUUCCAGUUCUUGGUGUAACGCUCACUUUAUUCACGCGAAAGCUAUGCGGAAAGUAAGAGAAGUUCGACAACAGCUGGAAGAAAUUCUCAAACAACAAAAGAUGGAAGUUGUAAGCUGUGGCACGGACUGGGACAUUGUACGGAAAUGUAUUUGUUCGGCAUACUUUCACCAAGCAGCUCGUUUGAAAGGUAUUGGCGAAUACGUGAAUUGUCGUACUGGAAUGCCAUGCCAUCUUCAUCCGACGUCAGCUUUGUUCGGUAUGGGGUUCACGCCAGACUACGUAGUGUAUCAUGAACUUGUGAUGACUGGCAAGGAGUACAUGCAAUGUGUGACUGCCGUUGAUGGCCACUGGCUAGCCGAAUUGGGUCCUAUGUUUUUUAGCGUAAAGGAAACUGGACGAAGUGGACGAGCAAAAAGACGACAAGCCAUGCAACAUUUACAUGAAAUGGAAGGGCAGAUGAAAGAAGCGGAAGAAGAAAUGAAAGCUAGGGCGCAAGAACAACUUGAACGUGAACAAGCUUCUAUCAGGAAGAAGGAAAUAUUGACGCCAGGUAUCAGAGAACCGGGUACACCUGCUCCUUAUCGUAAAACUCCAAGUAGAUUGGGAUUAUAAUUGUUCAGAUUUUCAAUGAAAUGUAUGAAUGAUUUCAAUAAAAUGUAAAUAUAAAAUUUGUUCCGUUGGGUUGGCAACUAAGUGAUUGCGGAUACCACCACCAUUA